AUUUUCAUGAAGCUUUUGUUUUUCAGUUUUCAGUUGACCAAAGAAAUGGUGAUGGAGAAGCCAAGUCCCCUGCUGGUCGGGCGGGAAUUUGUGAGGCAGUAUUAUACUCUGCUCAAUCAGGCACCUGACUAUCUUCACAGGUUUUAUGGAAAGAAUUCUUCUUAUGUCCAUGGUGGCUUGGAUUCUAAUGGAAAACCAGCUGAUGCUGUCUAUGGGCAAUCUGACAUCCACAAGAAGGUGCUGUCACUGAACUUUAAAGACUGCCACACAAAGAUCCGUCAUGUGGAUGCCCAUGCUACUCUUAAUGAUGGUGUUGUAGUCCAGGUGAUGGGAGAACUCUCCAAUAACAUGCAGCCAGUGCGCAGAUUCAUGCAGACGUUUGUACUUGCUCCUGAGGGUUCUGUUGCUAACAAGUUUUAUGUCCAUAAUGACAUCUUCCGCUAUCAAGAUGAGGUUUUUGGUGAUUCGGACACUGAGCCUCCAGAGGAAUCUGAGGAGGAGGUGGAGGAACCUGAGGAAAGACAGCAGACACCAGAGACAGUUGCUGAUGACCCUGGCACUUACUAUGAGCAGUCUGUCAGCAAUGACUUGGAAGAACAGCUGGAGGAACCGGUAGCAGAACCAGAACCUGAGCCGGAACCAGAACCUGAGCAGGAGCCAGAACCAGAAGUUCAGGAAGAAAAAUCUGAGCCAGUAUUAGAGGAAACUGUUCCCGAGGAGACGGUGGAAAAGAGUCCUUCUCCAGUCCCUGCAGAUCCUGCUCCAGCAGUGCAAGAGGAUUCCAGGACAUUUUCAUGGGCGUCUGUAACCAGCAAGAAUCUCCCGCCCAGUGGUGCUGUCCCGGUAUCAGGAAUACCCCCUCAUGUUGUGAAAGUACCAGCUUCGCAGCCCCGUCCCGAGUCUAAGCCUGAAUCCCAGACUCCACCACAGAGGCCUCAGAGGGAUCAGAGGGUGAGGGAGCAGCGAACAAGCAUCCCGCCACAGAGAGGGCCUAGACCAAUCCGUGAAGGUGAGCAGGGUGACAUGGAAACGAGACGGAUUGUCAGGUAUCCAGACAGUCAUCAGCUGUUUGUUGGGAACCUUCCCCACGAUGUGGAUAAAACUGAACUGAAGGAUUUCUUCCAAAAACUUGGCUCCUCUCUUGCAGAUUAUGGGAACGUCGUGGAACUCCGCAUCAACAGCGGUGGGAAGCUCCCGAACUUUGGGUUUGUGGUGUUUGAUGAUCCCGAACCCGUUCAGAAGAUCCUUAGCAACAGGCCCAUCAUGUUCAGGGGCGAGGUGCGUUUGAAUGUGGAGGAGAAGAAAACACGAGCCGCCAGGGAGGGCGACCGCAGAGACAACCGGCCCCGUGGACCUGGAGGCACUCGGGGAGGGUUGGGAGGUGGGAUUCGAGGGCCUCCACGUGGAGGGAUGUCUCAGAAACCAGGAUUUGGCGCUGGAAGGGGCAUCGGGCAACGCCAGUGAAUGCAUCGAGGAUGUUGGCAGGGUGGCACAAACCCUCGUUCCUGCAGAUUUGUGAAUUUCAGCCUUGGGUAUCUUGGAAUGUGGCCCUAGCCAGUUAUAGACUGCUACGUUUGAUACUAUUUUGGCCCCUUUUUUGUUUUGUUAUGGUUUUGUGAUUUUUUUUUCCUAGUCCUUGUCCCAUAUUCCAGCUUUGUGGAACAAUAUUUUAGGAAAAGUGGAUUUUAAAAAGAAACGAACUGAAGUUCCUUGCUCACUGCAAGCUUAUGGACUGGAUUUUUUUUAUUUGUACGAGUGGUCUGUCCUAAAGGAAUGGGGUUUUUGCCCUAUUCAGUCAGUGGAAUAAUCUUUCACCUGCAUGUGUUCAAGAGCCUGUAGGAAAACCUAGCACUUGGCAAGCAUUUCAAAGCAGGAGAAACUAUUGUCUAUCCCUUGCGGGUAACGUGAACAUCCUUUGGUCUGGCCAUGUUGCCACUUGAAAAAUUGACAUUCGCUCUUCUCUCUGUGGCGCUGUAAAAGUGGAAUAAAAGCUAUCCAUAGAAUCUUUUUUCUUUUGAUACAUGAUCACGAAAAGGAAUUCUAACUACUGUUUUACCACUUGCAAAUUUUGGAUUGUGGGGUAGGUUUUAAAUGUCUAGAACUUGACUCUUAAAACACUUUUCCUGAACUUGUGAAAUUUUUUAUUGAAAUAGGGAGUUUUUUUCAUGUUUUAGUUUGUAUUUGUAUAAAAAAAGCAAAAUUGUUGUGCCUUCUAUUUAUCUCUCAUUCCAGUCUUGGCAAAUUGUUAAAAAAAUAAAAAAAGUCUAGAUUUGCUUUA